AUGGCAAACCUUGAUUGGGCCCUUCGGGAGGAUGAGGUCAUUACACUUUAUCCCAAGCGAAGGAUAAGAUUAACAAUCUAUAUCGACAAGGUAGUGUCGUCGUUACCCUUUCCGAGCUGGAUGAUAACUUCAAGGCUGGACAAGAGGAAGUUUCCGGACGUGAAGUAUUUCAGCGAGAAGAGGUUAUUGCGAAUGUCAUCAUCGAUCGCCACAGUCAUCGCCCUAGUAUUCAUUCUUGUCCCCAUUGGACAACUUUAUUUCAAUGUGGACAACUGGACAAAUUGGGAAAAGUUUGGACGAAUCAUUGGAUGGUCUUGCGGAUUCUGGAUUUACCUCUGGCUGUGUACUCUAGCGAACGGGCAUGAGACACUGGGUGCUUCGGCCAGCUACGGUUCCCUUUUAGUGGUAUUUCUAGGUCUAACCCGACGGUGA